AUGGAGCGAGAGGCAAGCGCGGGGCAGUGGGAGCCGUUAGAGGAAGAGAGAGGGGUGACUUCAAGGGGGAGCCCUGGAGACAGUGGCAAUGUGUCGCAAAGCCACAGCGUCUGCAGCGGCGCCUCGGUGGGGCUCUUACCGGAUGAGGAAGAGCAGCGGGAGAGUCUGGGUAUUUCUCCAUCUUUACCGGAGCACCUCCUGCAGGCGACAGCCUCUAACUAUUCCAGCUACGUGCUCCAGGCAGACCAGAAAACGGAGAUUGAGACUUUAGAGAAGUGCUUGGAAGAUCUGCUGAUCAGAGUUGAUGAGUUUGUUGGGAUGCUGGAUAUGAUUCGGAACGACACAUCUCAAGUCGUUAAUGAAAACGUGCCUCAAAUUUACACUAAAGCUGCGGAAAUGAGAAAGCUGUAUCAGAAAAUCGAUCUGCUUGAGGCCUUCGUGAAGAAAGUGGGAAGCAACGUUGCUCUGAUGGAAGAGAAGGUUACGCAAGCCGAAACACACUUGGGAACAUUUCCUAACCCCUUCAAGAAAAUGUUCCAGAAUUUAAGUGCAGCUCCCUUUUUUUCUCCAACUAAACAAUCCUCUCCAAGAGCACAGCUUCCAAGAACACAGCAAGCGAGAUAUGAGCCACCGGUAAUAUUUAAGACUGAGGAUCAUUUCCCCACUAGCAGCUGACCCGACCAGUAGAAGAUUCUUAAAACAGACCUGUAUCCCGCAGAAAGGAGGCCGUGUGGAUUAUGGACGCUAACAUUGCACUUACGUACGAUGAUAUUCCUAUUUUCUUACGGACAAAUCGCAGCUGGUCUUCCGGUUAGGCUUUAUUGCAAGAAGCCUGCCAUAUAAGUAAUUUUUUUUUUAUACCAGUAUUACUUUCUAUGUCUGACAGUUUCACAGAUGAGAAUUGACAAAUUUUACGUAAGUACAGCAUACCUUACUAUAUUCUAAACAUCCAAUUUUGAUAAGGGCUUUGGGAUAUUGAGCUUCCAUGGAAUACUGUGGUGCUGUACUUCAUAAAAAUACCAGAGGACAUAUUAACAAAAGUAUUAAACAAUUCUCUGAUCCUACAA